AUGGAGCAGAAUCAUCUGCCUGUGGUGAUAGCACUGGCAAUCUGGGUGAGCUGCACGAUGAUUGCAUCGCAAGGACAGGCGCCCAAAUCGGCAUGGGUGGCACUGGAAACCGGUUCUCAGAAGCUGCAGAUAGAAGACGCUCAACCGCAGGAUGCAGACUUCUCUUCUGACUCACCUCAACUGCCCGUCGCGUGGGGCACCUUCAAGAACGACAUAAACGAGAGCGGAUGGGCGUUCCUUCAAAUCGAGACCAAUGAACGUGCGAAGGAUGAAGUCCAAGCAUAUGCAGCAGGGGCCCUGGAGGCGUACCUCACGCGGCAACUGAUCGAGAACCACUGGACCAACAUGUUCGGAGGGUACUGCGACAGCCAACCCGAGUACUGCCGUGACUUGAAGAAAUUUUUCGACGAGAACAACAAAUACUCCCAACAGCAGCAGCACCUCCGAAGACAUAACGAGUCGUUCUGGAACAUGGUCUAUCUUCAAAUGAAGCAACUGGCGGGUCUCAGCGACGAGUUGGAAAACAAGACCCUAGACUUUUCAAAUGAGGUGACUGAUGCCCCGAGAGCUCAGUUCCUCAACGCUCAGGGAGACAUCCAGGAUUUGGAACACGGCCUGGGACGGGAGGAAGACUUCUAUUCAAUCGAUCAGAUAAUGGCUUGCUCGGCCGUAGUCAAGGUCGUAGGAGACUCAGAGGGCCUGUAUUUUGGCCACGACGCCUGGUUCGUUUAUCGAGCCAUGCUGCGCUUCCAGAAACAUUACAUUUUCCCCUGGCACCUCACGGCUCUCCAGACGGAACCAGAGGACGUUGUUCCAGGCCACACGUGGACCAUAUCGUCUUACCCUGGGAUGCUGAUGUCGUGGGACAGCUUUUACCUCACUUCGGGAGGGCUCGAACUCUUUGCCAGCCUGGUUCGUAAUCCGCCGCGCUCUGUAGCCGAAUUUCGAUCAGAGGCGACGACGAUGGAGAAGACGCUGCAGCAGCGUGCGCGGCAGUACAACAGAGAUGUAUGCGUCACAUCAUUUGACGUUGGGUCAGGAGCCCUCCCCAACAACAAGGACAUCCUACGCGAAAUGGUGAGGUCCGUCGUAAGGGAAGAGCUGCAGAAACUGCAGCUGGCCCAAAGCCCUCCUACGGUGUUCUCACUUGCUGAUGUCAUACGCGAAGAAGUCCGGCAUGUAAUUUGUGAGCCAGAGCCUCAGGUACUGCUCAGUACAGGUAAGCUGUACCUCAGCUACCCGAGCAGCAGAGUGUUGUAG